UUAACAUAGAACACCACCCCUCCACUGUACACUGUGACCAAGUGUCCCAACCAUAUUAUGUAAAUGCAACUUAGGCUAGAAACGCAUAACCUAAUAGUUUAGUUACUGGCUACUAUACCGUCAGAGCACUGGCAUACUUCAUUUGACCAGUAGUUCGUUAGUUAUGGUUAGUUUUCGUUCUUAAACCGCGCCCCCCUUAACGUAACUCUGCAGCCGAUCGUUACAAAUAAUUAUUCAGAACUGCUAUAACCGUAGUUCGGCUCUGCUAAUCGUUUUGUUAGAAACAUCAGUUUCUCAUCUCAUCUGGAUACUUUGGGAAUGGGUGCAGCACAGUCGAUUCCGGUGGUCGGAGAAAUCGUCACUGCUGUUGAUAGCAGUGUGAAGAUAGUUGUAGCAGGUGGUUGCGCUCUUGCAGGAGAGAUACUAGACGACCAGGAUGCUAAAGAUGCUGCCAAAAAGUUUGUAAAGGAUGCUGGGAAUUCUUGGGUUGAAUAUUCCGAGAGAAGUCUAAUUGUUGCUCCAGUUCGUGCAGCUGUUCAUAGUGCUGCUGGUGACGAGGCUGAAGCGAAGAGAGUCCUGAAGAAGAUGGGUAAAUCAACUGAGCAAGUUAUUGACAGCACUCCAGUUGUUGGGCACGUAAAAGGUGUAGUUCACUACGCAAUGGGGGAUAAGGAACAUGGUCAUGAUUGCAUGAAGGGUGCCAGUCGCACAUUGGUUGUGGUGGGAGCUGGAGCUCUAACUGGUGGAGUUGGAGGAGGAUUCGUUCUUGGUGGACUAGCAGGCGCAUCAGGUGGUGUUGCGUACGAUGGAACGAUAUCUGCAAUUGAAAGUAAGCCUUAUGGAAUUGUAGAAUCUAUCGACCAGGCAAUUGAAUCUGAUAAAAAGAGAGAUGGUCACGGUUUCCUCAACUCAGCAAUAAAUGUUGCAUACUCUGUUACCGGAGAUUUUCUUACCGGAGCUACUGCGGCAAAGGGCACCAAGGAGUUGAACAAAGCUUCAAAGCAAAGGAAAGUGUUGAAAAAUGAAAUUGGAAAAGACGCCGCCAAGGAUGUUGUAGACACUGGCAAGAAGUUAAAAAAAGUAAUGAAGAAAGUAAAUGGAGAUGACCACGUUUGCACGAAAGCCAAAAACCUGGAAACAGGAAACGAAACUUACGGGACAAACAAACGGUGCAGACAAGAGAUGAGAAUGAAUGAGUAUGCCUCGAAAGGUGAAGCUAGUGGAUACACCAGUAAAACAAAUGCUAGGAAAGGACAUGUCGGUGAAUUCCCAAGAAAGGCAGGAAUCCUUGAAAAAACAGCAAAUGAGAUGAAUAUGGAUAUUGAGCCGAAAGUAAGCAAUCGAGCUCUAAAUGCUUGUGCUGAACAUCAUGCCAUUGAGAAGCUGGGUACUCACGGGCCGAAACUAAUAUCCGUACAACUACUGUCAAGUCUAGUAAUGGGCAUAUCACAGCUAUAAAGAGAUGCGACAAUUGUAUGCAGUUCGACCCUCUGAUGGGAGAUGUGCCCACCGAUGGUAUUCAUGGGAUGCCUGUACCUACACGUCAGUUCGUUCUUGAUACGUCCCUGCCCGCUGUAAAAAGCGCUGCUGGGUUUGCUGCAGGCGCAGUUGCAGUGUGUGUUGCCUGUGGAGAGAGUGAUGACUGUAGCUGCGUACAAUUUUGACUUGAGUUGUGCUGCACAAAACAGGAACUAGAUGUAUCCUUUAGUUUCCUGAUAUUGUCCUACUCUGUCUCUGGAUUAUUUCCUGUUGGCCCCUUUUCUGCAAACGUGUGUCCUAGACAGAGCCCAUUCUUUCAAAAGGCAUGUCCUGUUAUGUAGAGCCCAGAGAAGUACAGUAUACACAGACAAAUAUAUUUUACACCAUAUUUUAGCGAUUUUUUUUCUAUAUGAUUUAUUUUGUGUGUAUUUCCUUUAAACAAUGCAAGAUCAUACAUUUGCCGAAAUAUUAUCGCAUAUAAUAAAGUAUUAUAUUAUCAUAUUUUACAGUGCAGUUAAAACACAGGGACAGUUGUAACUUAAAGGUUGAAUUC